UGUGAACCAUUGUGAAAGUGGGAUUGGAUUGACCUUUCAGUCAAAUAUUUCUAAAACUCAGACAUUCAAAAAUGAAGAUAAAAGGCCUAGCAUGUCUCAAUUUGGGAGGUACUUCACAGAGGAGGUGACCCUGCAACAUUACCAGAGUAUUUUCAAUGGAGCUACACUGGCUCAAUACAGUGAAUCUGAGACACAGUCUAACCAGGGCUCUCAUGUUAGCAAACGUCUGAGGACUCUGCAAGAAAACCAUUUUGAAUCUAAUAAAGGUGAGGAAGUGUUUUAUCCAAACUCCAAAUAUACCAAUAGUAAGAGUACACAGAGGGGAGAAAUUACUUCUAAAUAUGAUGAACGUGGGAAAGCUCUGAAGCAGUCCUCCAGUAUUGCUGAUCAUCAGAGGAUUCAUGGGGGUGGAAACCCAUACACAUAUAGUGAAUCUGGGAACAUGUGUAAUCAAUCAUUAAGCCUAAAUACAUAUAAGACAAGUGGUACUGGAGAGAAAAGGUACAUUGGCAAGGAAUGUGGCAAAACCUUUGACAGGCACUCGACACUAUCUCAACAUCAGCAAACGCAUACUGCAAAGAAAAUUGACAAAUGUGAAGAAGGUGGUCAAACCUUUAAGGAUGGGUCAUCACUCCAUGCAGACGGGCGAAUCCGUACUGCACAGAAACCUUACAAAUGUCAACAAUGUGGCAAGGCCUUUAGCCAGCAAUCAUUGCUUACUCAGCAUCAAAGAAUCCACACUGGAGAGAAACCUUACGAAUGUCAAGAAUGUGGCAAGGCCUUUAAAUGUCACUCAUAUCUUAUUAAACAUCACAGAAUGCAUACUGGAGAGAAACCUUACAAAUGUCAAGAAUGUGACAAGGCCUUUAAGCAGCAAUCAUCCCUUACUAAGCAUCACAGAAUACAUACUGGAGAGAAACCUUACAAAUGUCAAGAAUGUGGCAAGGCCUUUAGCCACCGUUCAUCCCUUACUCAGCAUCACAGAAUGCAUACUGGAGAGAAACCUUACAAAUGUCAAGAAUGUGGCAAGGUCUUUGCCCAGCAAUCAUCCCUUAGUCGACAUCACAGAAUUCAUACUGGAGAGAGACCUCACAACUGUCAAGAAUGUGGCAAGGCCUUUAGCUACCCAUCAUCCCUUACUCAGCAUCACAGAAUCCAUACUGGCGAGAAACCUUACCAAUGUCAAGAAUGUGGAAAAGCCUUUAACUCUUCCUCACGACUUACUGAACAUCACAGAAUUCAUACUGGAGAGAAACCCCACAAAUGUAAAGAAUGUGGCAAGGCCUAUAAAGCUUACUCACAGCUUACUGAACAUCACCUAAUUCAUACCGGAGAGAAACCUUACAAAUGUAAAGAAUGUGGUAAAGCCUUUAGCAGAUACUCAACCCUUUUUCUACAUCGCAUAAUUCAUACCGGACAGAAACCUUACCAAUGUAACAAAUGCAGCAAAUCCUUUAAUUUACCUUCAAGGCUUACUCAGCAUCACAGAAUGCAUACGGGAGAGAAACCUUACAAAUGUCAAGAAUGUGGCAAGGUCUUUAGCCAGCCAGCAUCCCUUAGUCAGCAUCGGAGAAUUCAUAGUGGAGAGAAACCUCACAAAUGUCAAGAAUGUGGCAAGGCCUUUAGGUUGAAGUCAAACCUCAAUGACCAUCACAGAAUUCAUACUGGAGAGAAACCUUUCCAAUGUCAACAAUGUGGAAAAGCCUUUAGGAUUAAGUCAAACCUUAAUGGCCAUCAAAAAAUUCAUACUGGAGAGAAACCUUACCAAUGUCAGAUAUGUGGCAAGGGCUUUACCAAAUGCUCAGAACUUCGUCAACAUCACAGAAUUCAUACUUGAGCCAACCUUACCAAUGCACGGUGUGCAAAAGGCUUU